GUCAUGUGUGUAGUUUUACAAAGUAAUAUGCCGGAAGAGAUGAAAUCAUUUGCAGUUUGGCUAGUUCGAGGAGCGUUCGCAGAUUAUCCUAACAUUGAAGAGAGAACAAAACAUAUUGAGGAUAAAUUCACUAAAAAGACACGUGAACAGAGUGUCGAUCCCAGCUAUUACAGAUGUGUCAUCCCGAAAAAAUCAUCCGAUUUGUACAAAUAUCUAUUGGAAUUGAAACCAGUGGAAAAUCAUUUAAUGAUAACCAUGAUGUUGGAAGAUCGUGUUGUGUUUGUGGGAGAUGUAAGAAUCGUUUUACCCUCCGAAUGAACCGUAAUUUUUCACAUGAUUAUACUUGUAAUUUAAACAGAA